AUGCCGCCGCCGUCCGCAUUCCGGCAAUCGGCAUCCGCUCCCGAUAUUAGUCGGGCAAUUUCCUCCGCCGACGUGCACAGCCGCGACGCUUCGACUCAAACAACCGAAUCACCCGUCGCAUCCCGAAAACUCGCCGGUUACAUCAAGAAAAGAACUAAAAAAUCGAACCUAACCGACGAAAAUCUCCGGGAGUUCGACCGAAAAAACGACCCCGUCGACAAGCAUUAUAGCCCUUAUUACAAGGGAUUGACCGAUUUUUCGCUCGACAUCCGUCGAGAAAAGCAGACGGAGUCGAGCCCCGGUCGAGAAAAUCAUUCAACGACGUUCGUCGGUUCGGCGAUCAAGUUGAGCUUCUUGUUCCGGGUCCACGAAUGGAGCUCGUAUUGCUUCGCGUCAAAACCAUGCGACGACGAAAAAUUGCCCGAAAAUUGGGGAGGUAAACGGUCAAGCAAUUGCGAGUCGAAAAAUAAGUUUAAAUCAGAAAGGAAACUAAUUACUUUUAGUUCAUCAGAAAAUAUGCUGCCGCUGUCGCCACCGAUGGCACCACCACCGGAAUCUUUUCCAUGUCGACUUCCGCACCUAUCGCUGCCGGUAGCGACACUUCCGGAGUGGCUACUCCCCGAUGCACCGGCGAGAAUAUUACAAACGAAAGUGUUAUUACAUCGUGCACUCGACGGGGAUGAGUACGAGAGCGCGGAGAUGUGUAACGACGUAGAAAAGGAAAGAGUAUACACAUGGUUGGAGAAAUACCGGCCUCUUUGGCUCAAAGAUUUUGUAUGUAAUCGAAAAACGGCGCAAUCGCUACAAAACUUGGCGAAGAAAUGGCGCGACGAAAACGAAGAAUUUGGUCAUUUCGUAUUCGAAGGAAAUCCCAGGGUGGGCAAGAGAACGAUGAUCCGUGCUUUUCUUAGAGAAGCCUUCGGACAAGACGUCGUCGAGGCAAGGGACGAAAGCAAGGAAUUUUUUGCGAAGGGACAGGCAGGGGCCAGCGUCGUCGUAAACUUGAGGAAAUCGCGGCAACAUAUCGAAGUUAAUUUAUCUGAACUCAAAGGCUAUGAGAAGCAUGUUAUGGAAGAACUUGUCAAGGAUAAAAAUCGAAUGUUCAAUUGCGACAACUUUAAAGCUGUAAUUCUAUAUGACGUCGACAAGUUACCGGACGAUAGCCUAGCAAGUAUCGAGCGGAUACUAGAGACGCUCGAUGGUUAUUACAAGGUAUUCUUCUGCUGCAACGACGCCAAAAAACUCGACGCUGUCAAGAAGUCUUGCACAUUCGUCAAAAUAUUAGAUCCUUCACAUGAAGAGAUUCUCGAAGUUUUGGAGACAAUAGCGAAAGAAGAGAAGAUAGAGUUAUCGCGGCAAUUGGCAUCGAAAAUAGCUAAAAGCUCGAAGAAUAAUUUGAGACAAGCAAUACGCUCAUUCGAAGCAACUUGGCAUUCCAAACGAUGCUGCUCUUCAUUGAUCGGAGAUUGCGACAUCAAAACUGGAUGGGAAGAUGAAAUAGCAAAUAUCGCCGAAAAAAUGCUUAAAGAACAAACUCUAAAGCAACUUUACAGCAUCCAAGAAGAAAUCCAAAGACUUUUAGAGCACAAUAUCGAUCCAAAAUUCAUUUUUCAAACUCUAAAGGAAGCACUGAAUAGGUGUUUACCUGAGGACUUACGGAUGCAAUUUAUCGAGCUAUUCGAGGAACAUCAAAAAAGCGACGCUAGUACAGAGAAGUCGUUCCCGUCCGAAGAUCAAGAAGAAUUUGGUCGAAGAAAAAAUGAUUAUACAAAGAACAUCCAUCAGUUCAUGGAGAUUGAAGAGUUUAUAGCAAAAGUGAUGAGUUGGUACAAGAGCUUGAAUACAGAGAAUAUGGAGGAUUGA